ACAGGAUGAUAAAUGCAUUUUCCGAAUAACUGCUGAAAGCGGAAGUCGUCGUAUUGUGGACUUCCGGGUUGUGCUGUUAGCUUAGCCUCCCUGACGAGCUGGCAAACUUUGUUACAAUGACGGCGACGUUGUAAUAUUUAUUGUUUCAUAAUGUGGAGUAUGUGGUUAUAUGUUUUUCUGCCUCAUUUUUGUUUCUCCGGAGCUAUUACGUCAAGCAUUACAAGGGAAGAAAACAGCGAAGCAAACGCCGAAAUUGAUGAGCUUCAUUCCAUUCUGUCAGAUUUUGAGGUUCUACCAGUUUCAGACCUCCAGUUGCACUCUGUGAGGAAGAGGGACGUGAACACCCCAUCCCACCUGGAGCGCCUGGUCAGCUUCAGAGCCUUGCAUAGAUAUUUCAAGCUGUACUUGACCACCAACACAGACAUUUUCACUAAGAACUUCCAAGCUGUGUUUGUUGACAAGCUUGGAAGGGAGGAGAACUAUGAUGUCCAGCGUCAGAACUAUUUCACAGGACAUGUUGUGGGUGAAGAGCACUCUCGUGUGCUGGCACACAUUGAUGGAGAUGAGUUUUCAGCUCGCAUUCUAACUGAUGACGCAGAGUACAAUGUGGAGCCCUUAUGGAGGUUUACAGACGCCCACGCUGAUGGCAGGCUGCUAGUGUAUCGCUCUGAAGACAUCAAGAAUUUGAGCCGCAUCGCCUCUCCAAAAGUGUGUGGUUACAUGCACACAGACACCAAAGACCUGCUGCCAGAGUCCACCAGGGCGGGUUGGGGCGAGCCUGAGGUGACAGACAAGAUUAACGAUUUCCACCACAGAGAAAAGCGUCAGGUACACAACCACAAGAAGAACACCUGCCCUCUGUUGCUGGUGGCAGAUUACCGUUUCUUUAAACACAUGGGGCGUGGACAAGAGAGCGUCACUCUCAACUAUCUGAUUGAGCUGAUCGAUCGCGUAGAUGACAUUUACCGAAACACAACAUGGGAUGAUGAGUUCAAAGGCUACGGGGUCCAAAUAAAUCAGAUGAUCAUCCACAAGGAGGCCACAAGACCCCCUCCUGGCCGUGCUGGUACUGGCUGGGUCCACUACAACAUGGAGAACAGUCCUGUGCGCGGGAAGGAGGUGUGGGAUGUCAAGAAACUUCUGGAGCAAUUCAGCUCAGACAUAGCUGAAAACGCCUCGACUGUGUGUCUGGCCCACCUCUUUACCUACCAAGACUUUGAUGAAGGCACCCUUGGGCUUGCCUAUGUGGCUCCCUCCAAACCUCAAGCACUGGGAGGUCUCUGCCCUAAACCAUAUUAUCCAUCCUUGUCCGCCAAGAAGCCCAGUUACCUCAACACCGGCUUGACCAGCACCAAGAAUUAUGGCAAAACUAUUUUAACAAAGGAGGCGGAUUUGGUGACCACUCAUGAGCUGGGUCAUAACUUUGGAGCAGAACAUGAUCCAGAUAACAUUCCAUACUGCGCUCCCAGUGAUGACCAUGGGGGCAAAUUUGUCAUGUACCCAAUUGCUGUGAGUGGAGACCAUGUCAACAACAAGCGUUUCUCCAACUGCAGCAAGAUCUCGAUUGGAAAGACGCUGCGCUACAAGGCUCCCUUGUGCUUUGAGGAGAGGAACAGCAAGGUGUGUGGGAACUCCCGAGUGGAAGAAGGGGAGGAGUGUGACCCAGGGUUGCUCCACCUCAAUAACGACCCUUGCUGCUCGCCCAGCUGCAAAUUCAAAUAUGGCUCAGAGUGCAGUGACAGAAACAGUCCAUGCUGCAACAAGUGCAGGUUUGAACAGGCAGGAACAAGGUGCCAAGAGUCCAUCAGUGCUACCUGUAAAGGCAUAUCCUCCUGCACUGGCAACAGCAGUCAAUGUCCACCGCCUGCAAAUGCUGCAGACAAUACGGUUUGCGUUGACAACGGCCGGUGUCGCAAUGGAGAGUGCUAUCCGUUCUGUGAGGCUGUACAGAACCUUCAGUCCUGUGCCUGCAAUGAAACCGAGGAUUCCUGCAAAGUCUGCUGCCGGGGGAAAAAUGGCACCUGCUCACCAUUCAUCUUGACCAAUGGCAGUUUCCUCUUCCUGCGUAAAGGGAAACCAUGCACUGUGGGCUUCUGUGUUGAGAAUGGAAAGUGCAUGAAGCAGGUACAGGAUGUGAUCGAGCGUCUCUGGGACUUUAUCGACAAACUGGACAUUAACACAUUCGGAAAGUUCCUGGCUGAUAACAUAGUGGGUUCUGUUGUCGUGUUCUCGCUCAUCUUCUGGAUUCCUCUUAGUAUCCUGGUUCACUGUGUGGACAAGAGACUCGACCAGCAGUAUGAAGAGAACACCAUGUCCCUCUACCGCCCUCUCAAUCAGACGGUGGAGGUUUGUAGUAGAGCGCCCGCUAUAGAAUCAAGAAAUCCUGAGCAACCUCGAGUCGGCAUCCAUGCGCAUCGUCAAGCCUCCUCCGCCUCCCUCCUCCUCCGUCACCCAGACCGGGCCCUCCCUCCAACCCCAGCAGCUGACCCAGGCUGCUGCCCCGCUCGUAUCCAACUCACAGACUCCCGGCCCCAACUACGUCCCCACGCCGGACAGCGACGGUGGGCUGCGGAUGGCCACCAUUCAGGAGGACAACAGCAGCGACUCUCACCCGGGAGAGGAGGUGGGCCAGGGCGACGACUUCCCAACCGCAGGAGCCUACUUAUCGGCUACGAGAUCCUCCUACGAGGAUCUGACCGAGCAGAGCCCAUCGGCCAGGGAAAGACGACACCUCAUGAGGCAGGAAUGCUUUGACGCCAAAGAGACAGAGUGCUGAGUUCAAUUCCAACAGUACCGCGAUGUGCGGAUGCUAUUCUGUCAAGAUGAACCACCUUAGAUUGAAGUGGCAUUUCCUGUUUUAUAGUGCUGAUGGCUAAAAAGUCCUCUGCCUGUGACCAGUACCUCAAAAACUAAUUCUAGACAGUAUUUGAACUCUCUGUUGCAAAGCUAGACAAAUUACUGCACUUUUUAAGCAUUACUGCUGAGUGUCAUAGUGUACACAUCACUGGAUGAUUGUCUUUCAUGCUUGCUUAUCCUACGUCACAGUUGGCUCAUUUAUAUUUAGUCAUGCUUUCCCGCCCUACAGAACACUGUUGUGCCUUUCCCAGACAGUUAAACAGUUAAUACCCCAGUGGGAAAAUUGAAGUGGACGUCCUGUUUUGAAACUGUGAGCUGUUUUUUUUUCAGUACAGUCAAAUCAUGUCUCACCACUGAUGCCUGCUGUUUAAGUAGUUUAGGUCAAGACGGUGAUGUGGUUAACAUGAACUGAAUGGAUGUGAAUUGUUACUCAGUGGAAAAAGUGGCAAAUGUUUUUGUGUUUUAAUGAAUGUCAAAAAUUAAGUCCCCUGCUUGCAUUACCCACACAUACGGUAAUAAACGAUUGUAUUGUGCACCUUCA